AUGCAUUUCCGUGAUCACGAAAGUCAGUUUACGCUCGCGAAAGAAGCAGGAGCUGGGUUACUUGGGACGGCAGUGCGCAGCGCGGCGGCUGGCGGGCUGCAUUCCUUGGCGGUUUCUGAGCGAGGGGAACUGUUCACGUGGGGAUAUGGCGGGUUCGGGGCGCUAGGGCAUGGAGAGUUUACCAGGAGGGAUGUACCCUGCCACGUGGAGCCCUCUGAUUGGCUGGAGGAGAGGGUGGAGAUUAAAGUGGCAGCGGCUGGGGGGAGCCAUACGCUGGGUCUAAGCACGGGUGGGAGAAUUUAUGCGUGGGGGAGGGAUGAGGGGGAGGGGCGGCUGGGUAUCCCCCAUAUAGUGGACGCGAUAGGAGAAGAAGGGUGCGUGCCUCGGCCAAUCCCGGUCGAGUUUCCAGCGUCCCAGGGCCUGCCACGUGGCGGAGUCUCAUUGGUCGCAUGCGGAGGGUUCUUCUCUGCUGCUGUGGACUGCGAGGGUGGCGUGUGGACGUGGGGAGGGAAUCACAACGGCGAGCUGGGCCGAGCGUCAUCAGGACUCGUCCCUUCUCGCGUCACCACCAUCACUGCUCCGGUGUGCCUUGCACUCCUUUUGAGACUGUACGAGGUGUGCCUUGCACUCCUUUUGAGACUGUACGAGGUGUGCCUUGCACUCCUUUUGAGACUGUACGAGGUGUGCCUUGCACUCCUUUUGAGACUGUACGAGGUGUGCCUUGCACUCCUUUUGAGACUGUACGAGGUGUGCCUUGCACUCCUUUUGAGACUGUACGAGGUGUGCCUUGCACUCCUUUUGAGGCUGUACGAGGUGUGCCUUGCACUCCUUUUGAGGCUGUACGAGGUGUGCCUUGCACUCCUUUUGAGGCUGUACGAGGUGUGCCUUGCACUCCUUUUGAGACUGUACGAGGUGUGCCUUGCACUCCUUUUGAGACUGUACGAGGUGUGCCUUGCACUCCUUUUGAGACUGUACGAGGUGUGCCUUGCACUCCUUUUGAGACUGUACGAGGUGUGCCUUGCACUCCUUUUGAGACUGUACGAGGUGUGCCUUGCACUCCUUUUGAGACUGUACGAGGUGUGCCUUGCACUCCUUUUGAGACUGUACGAGGUGUGCCUUGCACUCCUUUUGAGGCUGUACGAGGUGUGCCUUGCACUCCUUUUGAGACUGUACGAGGUGUGCCUUGCACUCCUUUUGAGACUGUACGAGGUGUGCCUUGCACUCCUUUUGAGACUGUACGAGGUGUGCCUUGCACUCCUUUUGAGACUGUACGAGGUGUGCCUUGCACUCCUUUUGAGACUGUACGAGGUGUGCCUUGCACUCCUUUUGAGACUGUACGAGGUGUGCCUUGCACUCCUUUUGAGGCUGUACGAGGUGUGCCUUGCACUCCUUUUGAGGCUGUACGAGGUGUGCCUUGCACUCCUUUUGAGGCUGUACGAGGUGUGCCUUGCACUCCUUUUGAGACUGUACGAGGUGUGCCUUGCACUCCUUUUGAGACUGUACGAGGUGUGCCUUGCACUCCUUUUGAGACUGUACGAGGUGUGCCUUGCACUCCUUUUGAGACUGUACGAGGUGUGCCUUGCACUCCUUUUGAGACUGUACGAGGUGUGCCUUGCACUCCUUUGGAGACUGUACGAGGUGUGCCUUGCACUCCUUUUGAGACUGUACGAGGUGUGCCUUGCACUCCUUUUGAGGCUGUACGAGGUGUGCCUUGCACUCCUUUUGAGGCUGUACGAGGUGUGCCUUGCACUCCUUUUGAGGCUGUACGAGGUGUGCCUUGCACUCCUUUUGAGACUGUACGAGGUGUGCCUUGCACUCCUUUUGAGACUGUACGAGGUGUGCCUUGCACUCCUUUUGAGACUGUACGAGGUGUGCCUUGCACUCCUUUUGAGACUGUACGAGGUGUGCCUUGCACUCCUUUUGAGGCUGUACGAGGUGUGCCUUGCACUCCUUUUGAGGCUGUACGAGGUGUGCCUUGCACUCCUUUUGAGGCUGUACGAGGUGUGCCUUGCACUCCUUUUGAGACUGUACGAGGUGUGCCUUGCACUCCUUUUGAGACUGUACGAGGUGUGCCUUGCACUCCUUUUGAGACUGUACGAGGUGUGCCUUGCACUCCUUUUGAGACUGUACGAGGUGUGCCUUGCACUCCUUUUGAGACUGUACGAGGUGUGCCUUGCACUCCUUUUGAGACUGUACGAGGUGUGCCUUGCACUCCUUUGGAGACUGUACGAGGUGUGCCUUGCACUCCUUUUGAGACUGUACGAGGUGUGCCUUGCACUCCUUUUGAGGCUGUACGAGGUGUGCCUUGCACUCCUUUUGAGGCUGUACGAGGUGUGCCUUGCACUCCUUUUGAGGCUGUACGAGGUGUGCCUUGCACUCCUUUUGAGACUGUACGAGGUGUGCCUUGCACUCCUUUUGAGACUGUACGAGGUGUGCCUUGCACUCCUUUUGAGACUGUACGAGGUGUGCCUUGCACUCCUUUUGAGACUGUACGAGGUGUGCCUUGCACUCCUUUUGAGGCUGUACGAGGUGUGCCUUGCACUCCUUUUGAGGCUGUACGAGGUGUGCCUUGCACUCCUUUUGAGGCUGUACGAGGUGUGCCUUGCACUCCUUUUGAGACUGUACGAGGUGUGCCUUGCACUCCUUUUGAGACUGUACGAGGUGUGCCUUGCACUCCUUUUGAGACUGUACGAGGUGUGCCUUGCACUCCUUUUGAGGCUGUACGAGGUGUGCCUUGCACUCCUUUUGAGGCUGUACGAGGUGUGCCUUGCACUCCUUUUGAGGCUGUACGAGGUGUGCCUUGCACUCCUUUUGAGACUGUACGAGGUGUGCCUUGCACUCCUUUUGAGACUGUACGAGGUGUGCCUUGCACUCCUUUUGAGACUGUACGAGGUGUGCCUUGCACUCCUUUUGAGACUGUACGAGGUGUGCCUUGCACUCCUUUUGAGACUGUACGAGGUGUGCCUUGCACUCCUUUUGAGACUGUACGAGGUGUGCCUUGCACUCCUUUUGAGACUGUACGAGGUGUGCCUUGCACUCCUUUUGAGGCUGUACGAGGUGUGCCUUGCACUCCUUUUGAGACUGUACGAGGUGUGCCUUGCACUCCUUUUGAGACUGUACGAGGUGUGCCUUGCACUCCUUUUGAGACUGUACGAGGUGUGCCUUGCACUCCUUUUGAGACUGUACGAGGUGUGCCUUGCACUCCUUUUGAGACUGUACGAGGUGUGCCUUGCACUCCUUUUGAGACUGUACGAGGUGUGCCUUGCACUCCUUUUGAGGCUGUACGAGGUGUGCCUUGCACUCCUUUUGAGGCUGUACGAGGUGUGCCUUGCACUCCUUUUGAGGCUGUACGAGGUGUGCCUUGCACUCCUUUUGAGACUGUACGAGGUGUGCCUUGCACUCCUUUUGAGACUGUACGAGGUGUGCCUUGCACUCCUUUUGAGACUGUACGAGGUGUGCCUUGCACUCCUUUUGAGACUGUACGAGGUGUGCCUUGCACUCCUUUUGAGACUUUACGAGGUGUGCCUUGCACUCCUUUUGAGACUGUACGAGGUGUGCCUUGCACUCCUUUUGAGACUGUACGAGGUGUGCCUUGCACUCCUUUUGAGGCUGUACGAGGUGUGCCUUGCACUCCUUUUGAGACUGUACGAGGUGUGCCUUGCACUCCUUUUGAGACUGUACGAGGUGUGCCUUGCACUCCUUUUGAGACUGUACGAGGUGUGCCUUGCACUCCUUUUGAGACUGUACGAGGUGUGCCUUGCACUCCUUUUGAGACUGUACGAGGUGUGCCUUGCACUCCUUUUGAGACUGUACGAGGUGUGCCUUGCACUCCUUUUGAGACUGUACGAGGUGUGCCUUGCACUCCUUUUGAGACUGUACGAGGUGUGCCUUGCACUCCUUUUGAGACUGUACGAGGUGUGCCUUGCACUCCUUUUGAGACUGUACGAGGUGUGCCUUGCACUCCUUUUGAGACUGUACGAGGUGUGCCUUGCACUCCUUUUGAGGCUGUACGAGGUGUGCCUUGCACUCCUUUUGAGACUGUACGAGGUGUGCCUUGCACUCCUUUUGAGACUGUACGAGGUGUGCCUUGCACUCCUUUUGAGACUGUACGAGGUGUGCCUUGCACUCCUUUUGAGACUGUACGAGGUGUGCCUUGCACUCCUUUUGAGACUGUACGAGGUGUGCCUUGCACUCCUUUUGAGACUGUACGAGGUGUGCCUUGCACUCCUUUUGAGACUGUACGAGGUGUGCCUUGCACUCCUUUUGAGACUGUACGAGGUGUGCCUUGCACUCCUUUUGAGACUGUACGAGGUGUGCCUUGCACUCCUUUUGAGGCUGUACGAGGUGUGCCUUGCACUCCUUUUGAGGCUGUACGAGGUGUGCCUUGCACUCCUUUUGAGGCUGUACGAGGUGUGCCUUGCACUCCUUUUGAGACUGUACGAGGUGUGCCUUGCACUCCUUUUGAGACUGUACGAGGUGUGCCUUGCACUCCUUUUGAGACUGUACGAGGUGUGCCUUGCACUCCUUUUGAGACUGUACGAGGUGUGCCUUGCACUCCUUUUGAGACUUUACGAGGUGUGCCUUGCACUCCUUUUGAGACUGUACGAGGUGUGCCUUGCACUCCUUUUGAGACUGUACGAGGUGUGCCUUGCACUCCUUUUGAGGCUGUACGAGGUGUGCCUUGCACUCCUUUUGAGACUGUACGAGGUGUGCCUUGCACUCCUUUUGAGACUGUACGAGGUGUGCCUUGCACUCCUUUUGAGACUGUACGAGGUGUGCCUUGCACUCCUUUUGAGACUGUACGAGGUGUGCCUUGCACUCCUUUUGAGACUGUACGAGGUGUGCCUUGCACUCCUUUUGAGACUGUACGAGGUGUGCCUUGCACUCCUUUUGAGACUGUACGAGGUGUGCCUUGCACUCCUUUUGAGACUGUACGAGGUGUGCCUUGCACUCCUUUUGAGACUGUACGAGGUGUGCCUUGCACUCCUUUUGAGACUGUACGAGGUGUGCCUUGCACUCCUUUUGAGACUGUACGAGGUGUGCCUUGCACUCCUUUUGAGGCUGUACGAGGUGUGCCUUGCACUCCUUUUGAGGCUGUACGAGGUGUGCCUUGCACUCCUUUUGAGGCUGUACGAGGUGUGCCUUGCACUCCUUUUGAGACUGUACGAGGUGUGCCUUGCACUCCUUUUGAGACUGUACGAGGUGUGCCUUGCACUCCUUUUGAGACUGUACGAGGUGUGCCUUGCACUCCUUUUGAGACUGUACGAGGUGUGCCUUGCACUCCUUUUGAGACUUUACGAGGUGUGCCUUGCACUCCUUUUGAGACUGUACGAGGUGUGCCUUGCACUCCUUUUGAGACUGUACGAGGUGUGCCUUGCACUCCUUUUGAGGCUGUACGAGGUGUGCCUUGCACUCCUUUUGAGACUGUACGAGGUGUGCCUUGCACUCCUUUUGAGACUGUACGAGGUGUGCCUUGCACUCCUUUUGAGACUGUACGAGGUGUGCCUUGCACUCCUUUUGAGACUGUACGAGGUGUGCCUUGCACUCCUUUUGAGACUGUACGAGGUGUGCCUUGCACUCCUUUUGAGACUGUACGAGGUGUGCCUUGCACUCCUUUUGAGACUGUACGAGGUGUGCCUUGCACUCCUUUUGAGACUGUACGAGGUGUGCCUUGCACUCCUUUUGAGACUGUACGAGGUGUGCCUUGCACUCCUUUUGAGACUGUACGAGGUGUGCCUUGCACUCCUUUUGAGGCUGUACGAGGUGUGCCUUGCACUCCUUUUGAGACUGUACGAGGUGUGCCUUGCACUCCUUUUGAGGCUGUACGAGGUGUGCCUUGCACUCCUUUUGAGACUGUACGAGGUGUGCCUUGCACUCCUUUUGAGACUGUACGAGGUGUGCCUUGCACUCCUUUUGAGACUGUACGAGGUGUGCCUUGCACUCCUUUUGAGACUGUACGAGGUGUGCCUUGCACUCCUUUUGAGACUGUACGAGGUGUGCCUUGCACUCCUUUUGAGACUGUACGAGGUGUGCCUUGCACUCCUUUUGAGACUGUACGAGGUGUGCCUUGCACUCCUUUUGAGACUGUACGAGGUGUGCCUUGCACUCCUUUUGAGACUGUACGAGGUGUGCCUUGCACUCCUUUUGAGACUGUACGAGGUGUGCCUUGCACUCCUUUUGAGACUGUACGAGGUGUGCCUUGCACUCCUUUUGAGACUGUACGAGGUGUGCCUUGCACUCCUUUUGAGACUGUGUGCCUUGCACUCCUUUUGUCUCCUCCUCCCCGCUCGCACCAGCAGCACCAUCACUGCCCCUGUCAAAGGCCUGGCUGCUGCUGGUGGCAUCCACACGCUGGCAGUGGAUGGUGAGUUGCUGCACGAGCGAAUGGCCUCCUGUUUCCUCUUCUUCCUCCCCCGUCUCCCCCCUCCCCUCCCCUGUUCUCUCCUGUCCCACAACCAGACGAGGGACGCGUGUGGUCGUGGGGAAGGGGCGGCAGCGGCCAAUUGGACGAAGGACAACUAUUUGUUUGGGGAAAGAAUGCGGACGGGCAACUUGGACUGGGAGCCGGGCAGCCAAAAAUAA